CAUAAAUACACGGGCUGUUUUUAAGGGGACUCAUAACAGCGUAGAACGCUAUGUUGUCUCGUGUGUUAGAGGUAUGUUCAGUCCUUUAAAUGUAGGUCUCUGUGAAAUAUAGAAAAUGUGAAACCAUAAGCGCCUUCGUCGACCACAUUUCGUCUGUUAAACUUAUCUAAGCGUUACUUUGUCGUGAAGCUCGCGUCUUUCUUGACCCCGGCACACCUCUGAGCCCGCAGGUUCACACUGAAUAACUGCCUGUCAUGUGUGUACCACACUGUGUUUGUGCAAGUUAACCGAGAUUACCCACUGUAAUUACUAAUAAUUUCAAACGAAGAGCUCUCGUUUUGUUGCAGUUCGUCCUGCGGCAGUGUGGAAUAACUGUAACCCGUUCAAAGGUUGCGGUUUGAUUUGACAUUUCUAAGUGAGCACAUUUUACUGAGCUGACUGCUAAAGGUCCUAAAAACAGUUCACAUAUUUGCAAAAGACUCUCCUUAUGAUGGUGAAUGCAAUUGUCUGAUGUCAGCAUCGCACUUACGCAAGAAUGAACCAAACAAUAGAGAAGGAUCUGUAUGCUGUCCUGGGAGCAAACCCCUCAGACUCGGUUCAGCAGCUCAGACACAGGUACCAGCAGCUGGCCUUACAGUACCACCCAGACCGUCUUGGAGGGGAUUGUUCUUCCGAAGCAGAGUCUGGUGUGAAGAAGUUUCUAGAAGUUGACGCUGCAUGGAGGGUCCUUAGUGACCAAACCACUAGGACACAAUAUGACUUGCAAAGAAGAGCAUGGACACUGAAACAGGAUUGGCCAAUAGAUUCUACAGUCUAUGUGGAUGACAUGACCUGGGAUGAUGAUCAGGGUCUAUAUACACACUCCUGUCGCUGUGGAGGAGUAUUCAGUGUCACUGAGGAGGAACUGGAGGAGGAGCCACAGAGGAAACAGCAAGAUGAAGGUGAAAAGGAAACUGAGGAAGGACGGCACAAAGGAGCAAUUGUCUGCUGUGAUACCUGUUCUCUCAGUGUGUAUGUGACGUGGUCAACUAAUGAAAAAGCUCAAAAAUCAGGGGUGUCAAACAUGCGGCCCGGGAUCCAGAAUCAACCCAGCAAAGACUUCAAUCUGGAGCACUGGAUAGCUUUGGAAAAUGUGAAAGGGGGCAUGGAUUUUGAAUUUUAACUGUAUUUCCAUACAGUUGAAAAUCUAUGGAAAAUGUAAUUCCAUUGUGUUCUUGAUAGCCAGCUUUUCCUGGUUAUUAUGACCUCUCUCACAGCCAUUCAUGCUACCACAAAUUAGUUAUGAAACAGAUAAACAAUUAAAGAAAAAACCCUGGUUUUUGUUUUGUUUGUUUGUUGUGGUGAUGUAUAUAUGUAUUGCCUUAAACAGUAUUUGGAUUCCAAAAAUGCAAGAUGGAAAGAUCAUCUGAAAUAUUGUGCAGUAUACAGUUGUAUUUUACUUAAUUGUGCUGUUUCACUGCAACGUUUUCACCCUUCAGCUGUAAAAACCUGAUUGUCAUCCAUCCCUGGUGGCGAGGUGGGCGGUAUGGCCAACCAAAUUUGUGAAUACAGUAACCCGAGAACAAGAUUAUGUAGGAUUUUUUUUUAAAAAUUGGUACCAUUAGGUGCAUACUAAAAAUCUUGGAUGAGUUUGAAACUUGCGAACUCGAACUCAAGGACAGAGGUUUUCUAACGAUUGUGUGAAUGCUAUAACUCAAGAAGGAAAUCACCAUAGGUCACAGAUGUCAAACUCCAGGCCUCGAGGGCCGGUGUUCUGCAGGUUUUAGAUG